AUGGCGCCAUCCUUUCGUGCGGCUGCCGUUCUGGCAGGUUUGGGCGUUUUGUUCACUUGGUCCGCACCGCCCUUUGCAGUCUGGGGUGCCGAUGCCCAGGCACCAGCUUGUCACGAAUGCUACGAAGCGGCCGAUGAUGCCGAGCUCCAGCUUCGCCAAGCCAUCGACAGCGUCGAGGCCCGCCUGCACUUUGACCGCCAAGCUUGGGCCAUGACCGGUCAGGAACAUCCCUUUCCCGCUCGUGCACACUCGCUGGCCACCGACUUGGGCCAGGUCGUCGACACUGUUGCCCAGCACCGUGCCGCGCUUGAUCAGCUUCUCAAGCGAUUGGACGCGCUUGACGUCCAGCAUCACGCCGCGCGCGUGGCCGCCGAUGCGUUGCAGCCCCGCGUCGCACAGGCCGAGGCUCUGAUUGACACUGGCUUUCGAGCCUAUGCCCCAGCUCUCGAUCAAAGUGCCACUCACAGCGCCGAGUUGACUCGCGCACAAGCUCAAGUCUCGGCCGUUGAGUCGCAAGCAGACUGGAUUGGUGACAUCCUCUUGACCAAGGCCGGUGAGGCAUCUCAACUCGUCUCAAUCGAGGCCGAGCUCAGCACCAAGGCUCGAGAUUUGGAACCGGCACACAUCGAGGCUCUGGUCGACCUCCUCGACGUGCCUGGGGACAUCAAUCGCGAGCGUUCCCACCUGGACGCCCAAGUGCAGGCCACCGAAGCUUCGCACACGGAACAGCACGUGCAGUUUCUGGGCGCCGCCGACACCUCGCGAGCCGCCGACACGCUCGCCAUGACCCUUCUUCUUGACACAGCCCGCGCUGAAACAGCUCAGGCAGGUGUCACCAAGUUAUCCAACCAGAUUGAGGCGUUUGAUCCUGCUGCCCAGCGCGCAGGCCUGGAUGACGCUGCGGAGAAAUUGGCGGCUACGCGAGCCGAUCUGCCCGAGUUGCCCAUAGCUGCCAUUGAAGCCCAGGAAGCCAAACUCUCCACUCAACUACACGGCUACGCCCAAACAUCCUCCGUCGCUACUCAACACGAAGCCCGACUGUUGGCCGAGGUCGACGCGUUUGCAAACCUGCGCGAACGCACGUCAACGGCAGUCGCCGAAGUUCAUGGCUAUGUCCAUGAGCUGACGGCGCUCGAGGCGCUCGCCGCUACGCUGUCUCAGUACGAUCAGCUCAGUCCAGAAACGGUUCAUGCCGAAGCCACCCUGACCGCUUCCGUAAACAACAGCCUUGCUGAGAUCAAUGCUGCACUCAACAUGGCCGUCUCAACUCACGCCACCAUCGCGCAGCAGCUUCUGAGUGCCGAGGCACAUGUGCAAGUUUUGGCCAAUCAGACACGAAUUGCUGCUACCCUCUCAGUGUUGCAAGACACGACCAUUCAGGUGUCUGCCACACUAGCCAAGCGCCAGAUGGCGCUGUCCUCGGAGACUAGUCUCCUGGCUCGGCUCAACGACGCUGCGGUUAGUCUGAGUGCAGCACAACCAGUUGCUCAGCACGAGCUGGAGCUUCAGGUGGCAGUGGGCUCAGCCUGUGCAGUCGAGCGCUGCCAGCAUGCUCAAGAGCUCGAAGUGUUGUGGACUCGUGUGGAGGCAGCGCUCAAUUCAACGCGCCAGCGCUCAGCGGAACUGAAUACGCUCGAGUUUGACUUGGGGGCACUGAGCACCAGCGUGGCUUGGCUGCAGCAACACGAGACGAAGCUGGACACCAAUUUGGCUCUUUUGGAAACUGAGCAGCGGAACGUGACUCGGGAGCUCAUGGCGGCCUUGAGCCUGCGCAAGAAGCUUGCGCUCACACCCGUCCGCUCUGUCGGCAGAGCGCUGGACCCAGCCAUCCCGCCGAUCGGAAAGGAGGAGAGGGGGAAGGAGGAUGAGAAGGAGGAUGAGAAGAGGGAGGAAAAGGAGGAGAAGGAGGAGAAGGAGGAUGAGAAGAGGGAGGAAAAGGAGGAGAAGGAGGAGAAGGAGGGAGAAGGAGGGAGAAGGAGAGCGAGGAGAGGGAGAGCGAGGAGGAGGAGGAGGAGGAGGGGGAGGAGGAGGGAGGGGGGAGGGGUCGGACCAAAUGUGACGGGUGGGCGGGGCGACACCUUUUGGCUGACAUUUAUACAGAAUGCGAACACAGUGAUGAUUGUGAUAAUAUUGUCACGCUUUUUUUCUUCUCUCUCUCUCUUUCGCGUACAAGUCAAGAUUGCAACGAUGAAGGUUUUGGUGACCGGAGCUAGCGGCUACAUUGCCGGCCAUCUGGUUCAGCAGCUGCUGGCCAAAGGCCACACGGUGCGCGGGACGGUUCGCUCCCUGGCCAAGACGGAUGCAGUUGGCUAUCUGCAGCAGCUGCCGGGUGCCACGGAGCGCCUGGAGCUGAUUGAGGCCGAUUUGCUUCAGCCCGGUUCUUUUGAUGCGGCCGCGCAGGACUGCGAAAUUGUCUAUCACACAGCCAGCCCUUUCUUUCGUCAGGUGGACAAACCGGAUGACUUGAUCGUCCCAGCGGUACAGGGUACUCGCAACGUGCUGUCGGCCUGUGCCAAAGCACCCUCUGUGAAGCGAGUCGUUGUGACCUCUUCGUUUGCCGCCGUUCUUUUUGGCCAUGACAUGGAGAAGGAUCCAUCUCCGUUUACCGAAGCCGACUGGAACCAAGUCUCGACGGCCGAGCAUCCAGAACCAAUGCACUGGUACCGGGCUUCCAAAAUUCAGGCGGAGCGGGCAGCCUGGGCGUUUGUCGAGAAUCCUGACGUCCAGUUUGACGUGGUCACACUCAACCCACCCAUGGUCAUUGGCCCCUGGCUGCCCGGUUACACGCGACCCAACGAAAGCAGCAUGAUCAUCAAGGAAAAGCUAACUGGUGAAAUCAAGGCUGUCCCGGCCGGUGGAAUCGGCUACAUUGAUGUCCGUGAUCUGGCCCGGGCCCACAUUCUGGCGGGUGAAACGCCCGAAGCAAACGGUCGCUAUCUGGUCACGUCCGGCGUGCCAACUCAUUUGGAGGUGGCCCAACUCCUCAAAACCCUCGAGCCCAACUCGGCCAUUGUCACCGAACCGCCUACUGAAAAGCGCCAAGCGUUUUUGAUCGAUGCAGGCAAGGCCGCCCGCGAUCUGAAACUUACCGAUUACAUCCCUCUGGAGCAAACGCUACGUGAUCAAAUCACCAGUCUUCGCCAAGCCGGCCUCCUCGACUAUCCCAACUAG